GCCAUGGCACGCACCAAGCAGACAGCGCGCAAGUCGACCGGCGGCAAGGCGCCCCGCAAGCAGCUCGCCACCAAGGCGGCGCGCAAGUCGGCCCCCGCCACCGGCGGCGUCAAGAAGCCGCACCGCUACCGCCCGGGCACCGUCGCGCUCCGCGAGAUCCGCCGCUACCAGAAGUCGACGGAGCUCCUGAUCCGCAAGCUGCCCUUCCAGCGCCUGGUGCGCGAGAUCGCGCAGGACUUCAAGACCGACCUGCGCUUCCAGUCGUCGGCCGUCGUCGCGCUCCAGGAGGCGUCCGAGGCCUACCUCGUCGGCCUCUUCGAGGACACCAACCUGUGCGCCAUCCACGCCAAGCGCGUCACCAUCAUGCCCAAGGACAUCCAGCUGGCCCGCCGCAUCCGCGGAGAGCGCGCCUAAGCCUCACCCAAUUCCCGGUGUUUCUAAACACCACCCUUCUACCCUGUUUGUUGGUUGCUCCAGUCCGAUCCUGGCUGUUCUUCACUUUCUACCUCUCUUUCUACCUCUCUCUCUCUCUCUCUCUCUCUCUCUACCUCUCUCUCUCUCUCUCUCUCUCUCUCUCUCUCUCCCCUCCACUCUACCGACCCGUUUUAACGAUUUCUUGCACCUCGUGUGUGUGGAGAAGUUUACCUUACCUUACCUCCGUUCCAGCUCUCUC